GUUUUCCUAAUGAUAAAAAAAUGCAUAUAAAUUUUGCUGCCAAUUUACUGGUAUCAAAUAACAUAAAUUGCAACACACUAUUAACUGUCUGAACUUGUUACUAACACACAUAUAUCUCUUUUAUCUAACAUCAAGUUUAGUAUAAACUUAAGCAAUUAAACUUGCAUUGCACUGUUUAAAUAAAGGUCUGAGAUAGAUAAAUGGGCACACUUAUUGGCGAGUAAAGUUGUUCAAAAGUUUCCACUGCUCGUUUUUCUUGGACAGAGUACUGAAAAAUAGAAAGAAAUGAGAAGGAAACACCCUCAGAAUAAAAAUAGAUUAGAUUAAGAUAUAGUAGUGGACUUGGAAGAUUGUGUCUUCGGAGUAGGUGAAGUCAAGCUCUUAUAUUAAAAAAUAAUCAUCGGCAACAUCCUUUGUCCAACAAGAGGGAAAUUUCUAUGAAUUAUUUUAUAACCACUUGCCUUGAAGACCAAUGAUCUUCAGGUUAAUAUCAGCAUACCACAAUAUACUUCACUAACUACCUGCAAAUGUUUCGUUACUCUUGUUGACAUUGACUGAAUUUAUUGCAAACUAAAUCCGUUUCCUUUUGCCUUUCUCAGUUUUUUUUUCUCAUCUUAUCACUUGAUCUUGAGAAACAUGGCUGCAGCACUUGGUGGAGCUGUUCUGUCUUCCACUUUUAGUGUUAUUUUUAACAGGAUGUCCUCACCUGAAGUUGCCAACUGGAUCAAAGGGAAGAAGCUUACCCAGAAGCUGCUUGAAAGGUUGAAGACCAAUCUUUAUGCUGUUCAAGCCUUUCUCAUUGAUGCUGAGCAGAAGCAGAUCAAGGAGAGAGCUGUCAAGGACUGGCUCGAUAGUCUCAAAGAUGCCAUGUAUGUUGCUGAUGACUUGCUGGAUGAAGUCUUCACCAAAGCUGCCACUAAGAAGCAUCCAGGUACUAUCUUCUCUCUUUAUCUCAAUUUGCAAGAUAGGAAGAUAGCAAACAGGAUGGAAGAAAUAAUUGAGAGGAUAGAGUCUAUUGUGAAGCAAAAAGACACUCUUGGUCUUAGAGAGAUUCCUAAGGAGAACAUGUCAUGGAGGAUCACUACAUCUUUAGUUGAAAGAUCCAGUAUAUAUGGCAGGGAAAAAGACAAGGAAGCCAUAGUGAAAUUGUUGUUGGAUGAUGAUGACACUAGUGAUGGUGAAAUAUCUGUGCUUCCCAUUGUGGGCAUGGGCGGAAUAGGAAAGACUACCUUGGCCCAAUUGAUUUACAAUGACGAUAAAGUGAAAGAGAAUUUCGACUUUCGAGGUUGGGUUUGUGUGUCUGAAGAAUUUGAUGUUAUUAAGGUCACCAAGACUAUAAUUGAGGCAAUAACUUCUGGUCCCUGUAACUUGAAAGAUUUAAAUUUACUUCAACAUGAAUUAAAGGAAAGAUUGUCAAGACGGAAAUUCUUUGUUGUCUUGGAUGACGCAUGGAAUGAGGAUUAUGAAGACUGGAAUAGGCUUCUAAAACCUUUUCAGAAUGGGGUUAAGGGGAGUAAAAUUCUCAUAACCACUAGAAGUAAAAAAGUGGCUUCUGUGGUGCAAACUCUUUUGCCUCAUGAACUAAGUUUAUUGUCUGAUGAAGAUUGUUGGUUAGUGCUUUCAAAACAUGCACGCCUUUCCACUGACUCCAUAGAAAAUCCAAAUCUGAAAAAAGUCGGCAAAGAUAUUGUAAAGAAGUGUGAUGGAUUGCCCUUGGCAGCUCAAGCCCUCGGAGGUUUAUUGCGUGGAAAUUCUGAUGCCGAGUAUUGGAAUCAUAUAUUGAAGAGUAAGGUAUGGAAAUUCUCCAAUGACAAGAUAAAAGUUGUUCCGGCUUUAAGAAUUAGUUAUUAUUAUCUUCCUUCAUGUCUGAAAGAGUGCUUUGUUUAUUGCUCGCUGUAUCCGAAGGAUUAUGAAUUUGACAAAGAUGAGCUCAUCUUGUUAUGGAUGGGUGAGAAUUUUUUACAACCAGUUGGGAAAAACACUUUAGAAGAACUUGGUGAUGAAUAUUUCAAUGAAUUAGUUGCCAGAUCAUUUUUGCUACCUCACAGUAUUGAGAAAAAUAAAUUUGGGAUGCAUGAUCUCAUGCAUGAUUUGGCAAUGAUGUUUGCUGGAGAAUUCUAUUUUAGAGCGGAAGAGCUCCAGAAUGCAGUUGAGGCUGAUAUUAAAACUCGUCAUUUAUCACAUAAUGCCAAAGGCAAUUAUCCAAUAUCAAAACUGUUGGGAGUUUGUGACAGAGUAAAACAUACAAGGACAUUUCUUGAAAUCAAUUUGCAGUCUUGGAUCCCAUUCAACAUGGAAAACGCACCUUGUAUCUUGUUGUCACAGUUGAAGUACCUGAGAGCUUUGUCGUUCAAAUGGUUUCCUCUUGAGUCACUAUCCGAUUCAAUAGGUGAGUUGAUUCAUUUGCGUUACUUGGAUCUCUCUUACACCGACAUUGUGACAUUGCCAGAGUCAUUGGGUAACCUGUACAACUUGCAGACCCUGAAGUUGUAUUCCUGUAGUAAUCUGAAAAUGCUACCUGUUGGCAUGAAAGACCUUGUAAAUUUGCGGCAUCUUGAUAUUAGAGAAACUGGUUUGCAUGAGAUGCCGAAAGGCAUGAGCAAGUUGAAAAAUUUGCAGUUUUUAAGCGACUAUGUUGUUGGGAAGCGAGAAGAGAACAAGAUCACAGAAUUGGGAGCACUUGCAAAUCUACACCAAUCAAUUUCCAUUGACAAAUUGGAGAAUGUGGUGAACAGCAGUGAAGCUUUGGAGGCAAGAAUGUCAGAUAAGGAUGGCAUUGAUUCUAUAACAUUAACUUGGUCGUCGAAUGAAGAGGAGAAUACAGUUGAUUCCCAAAUGGAAAGAGAUAUACUUGACAAGUUACGACCUCACACUAAUUUGAAAGAGCUACAGAUAAAGGGUUACAGGGGUACAAGAUUUCCAGAUUGGGUGGGACAUUCUUCCUACCACAAUAUCACCACAAUAACACUGGAUGGUUGCAGGAGUUGCUGUAUGCUUCCUUCACUUGGACAGUUGCCCUCUUUGAAGCACCUAUCAAUUUCAGAUUUUGCAAGUCUGGAAAGUGUGGGUGCUGAGUUUUACUUUCACCAGAACAAUGAAUCUUGUUUGGAGACUUCAUUUGCAAAGCUUGAAACUCUUUCGUUUAAGUCAAUGUGGUGCUGGAAGGAGUGGCGUUCACUGGAGUUGAAUGCAUUUCCUCGACUUAGGGAGCUUACCAUAUUUGACUGUCUCAUGUUGAGAGGAGAUUUGCCAAAUCAACUUCCAUCUUUGCAAUCACUUCAGAUUCUGAAUUGCGUUGAGCUGAGUUGUUGUCUUCCAAGGGCUCCUGCCAUUACCACUCUUUCAAUUGCAGGAAAGCAUCUAGUGGAGUCGGUGGUAGAGGCCAUAACGCACAAGCAACUGACUUGCCUGACGUCUUUGUGCAUGUCAGGUUGUUCCUCCCACAUAUGGUUUCCUGUGAGUCGUAUUCCCACAUCUUUACAGAAGUUGAGGAUCGCGGGUUGCAGAGAAUUAGAAUUCCAAAUGGAUGGGCAACAUCACUCGCUGCAGGAACUAUCAAUACAGAACAGCUGUAAUUCACUUACAUCCUUCUCGUUGUUGGAUGCCUUUCCGAAUCUCAACGAUGUUGCUAUCAUAGACUGUGAAAAGAUGGAGUCUAUUGUGGUGUCACUCUCUCUUUCAUCUCUCAGUUAUUUGUGGAUCGAGCAUUGUGGGAUUUUGAAGUCCAUGUCGACACUAUGGAUGGCAGCACCUCAGCUAGAGGAUCUCACAAUACUGGAAUGCCCAGAGAUUGAAUUGUCUCCUACAGGGGAUGGGGAUCCACAUUGUAGCCUGAAAGCUCUUAACAUCAGCUACAGUGAGAAACUAGUGAGCAGUGCAGCAUUCAUGAAUUCCCAAUUUCACGGGCUUACUCGUCUUUGUAUUUGGGGUGAAUGUGAGAGUGUGAAGUGCAUCCCAAAGGAAGGUUGGUUGCCUGCCUCCCUUGAGUCUCUGGAACUGAGAAGCAUUCAAAGUGUGGAGACGUUGGAAUGCAAGGGACUUGCCCACCUCACCUCCCUCCAACAUUUAGACAUUUCUAAAUGUCCCAAGUUGGAGAACAUUGACGGAGAAAACCUGCCUGCCUCUCUAAUACAACUCAUCAUACGUGAAAGUCCUUUGUUGGGUAAAAGGUGUGAGAUGAAGGACCCACAGGUUUGGGAUAAAGUUUCCCACAUCCCUGGCAUUCAAGUUGAUUACAGAUGGAUUUGGUAAUCCAACAACUUCAACUGGUAACGUUUUAUGCAUUCUCAUACAGCGUAUCCAUGGACCCAACAAGAUAAAAGUUUUGCUUUUGAUGCAUCAAAAGUAUUCAAUCAUUGCAUGGAGUUGGGAGAUGAUGAAAUUGGGUGCUUCUUCCAUGCUUGAUUCGGAAAUUCCUUUUGAAUAUUCAGCUACAAUGCUGUUCAGAGGUAUCUUCCUUUUGAAUAUGCAUGCCAUGAACUAUGCAGCAAAAUAUCAUAUAUUAUUUCAAUUUAAUAUUUUGUUCUCUUUUCUUUUGUUUUAUUGUUGACGGAUUCCUCGAAAAGAAAAUGACACUAGUAGUAAUUGCAAAGACUUUAAAUCUUUUAUAUUGGUUGAAGUAUGCUAUUUCUUUCAGCCUCAAAUGAUGAUUUUCCACCCAAGGAAAGUUCAUGCAAGAUCAUUGAUUUAUCUAAAACAAAUUUUACAUAAAUUUACACUUAAGCUCAUCCAGUCUCCACAAAAAUAACUUUCUUACUGGAUCAAAGAUUCAGAGUAAAGGUAUAUUCUAACUCAUCACUGCUGUUAUUGCUCUUACUGUGUCAUUCCAUUCCUUACAUGCAUGGUUUACAUUCUCAUAUAGCUUUCCUGUGGAGCCAAAUGGAAACUCUCCUGGAGAAUAGGAGUCUCGUCGUGGCUCCUUCCAAAGAAGUGGUUAGCAUGCCAUUAAGAAACCUGAUAUUAUGGUCACUGAGAUCUACAUUUGAUCCGAGUUUGAAUUACAAAUGUUCUUCACUCACUGAUUGUGGUGUAUAAUUUGUGCUCUAUCCUUUCGUUUGAGUACUUCAUAUGUCAGUAAGUAAUGUGUGAUUAAGUGUAAGAUGGAAAGGGCUAACUUAGUUAUAUUGGACAUAGUAUUCAGAUUUCAAUAAUAGAUGUUUUAGGCCCCAGUCUUAUUCCUUGAUGGCAAUGCUGAAGAGGGAUAGAGGCUGGUCCUUGACCAAGGCCUUGAUGGCUAUGCGGGAGAGGCCUUGGUUGAGGGGCUACUUUGCGGGGGAAAAAAUGUAAAAGAUGGAAAGAUGUAUAUUUUCAACUUAAGUUGUUAUUGUAACACAGCAUGAGUAAACUCUAUUUAUUGUGUAUUUCUAUCAAAAUGAAGCAAGUAAUGUAAAUGGUUAACAAGAAUGAACAAUCACUUCUUAUGGUGGUUUAAUUGCAGCAUAUUUGGCCAUGUUCUCUGUUCUCUUUUAUGCACUGGAACACUAGUAGGAAAUAAGUAUGUCAUAGUUUGGUCCACAAGGCACCACCAUGAGGCUUAAUUGUACAUAUAAGUAAAUAUGAUGAGGCCUGAUUAUAUAAUCAAAGUCAACAAACUUAACAUUUGAUGCAUUAUUGUAUUGACAACCUAAUACUAUAUACUAUAUAUUGUAAAU